AUGGUUAAAAAGUUUAGUAGGGAAAUUUGUUCAUGGGUUCUUGAGAGAUAUGAUGAAAAGAGAAAUGUUAUUCGUAUCAAGAACAAGGAUAUUCAUAUUAGUAGGAGAGGUGUUCAUCACAUGUAUGGUCUUCCAAUGGGUGAUAUUCCUAUGAAUUUACCUAAGAAAAGUCGUUCUACGAUUCUUGUUAUUAGAAACUGGAGGAAUCAGUUUUCUAUGACUAGGAUUAGACUUUUUAAUCCCACAAAAUUUUUAGAAAAAAGUACUGAUUCAGAUAAAUUGAAAGAAGAUUUUAGUAAUGAAGGUUAUGAAAAUGUUGAAGUCAUAAAAAAAUAUGAAGAAUUUGUUGAUGACGCAAAAGCUCAAGAUUCAGAAACAGAAACAGAAACAGAUCAUGCUGACAAAGGAGAAAAAUUUGUUGAGGAGAACAUAAAUGAGGAGCAAGUGAGAAAUGAUGUUCCUAUUUUUGUGGAGUAUGUUGAUAAAGGAAAGAAAUUUGUUCAAGAUAACAUAAAUGAUAAUGAAACAAGAGAUGAUGAUUGGAUGGAUAUCGGUCCUUCUGUUCCUCGAUUUGAUAUUAUUCUUAUUGGUUCAAAGUCUUUAGAGGAUUUUAAGGAGAAGAUAGAUUUUUUGUUUAAAAGUUAUAGUUGUUUGAAGCCUACUAUUGAUGAUUGGAUCAAUCGUGCUUGGAAUCAAUUCCCAUGCAACCAAGAUAUUUUGAAGUAUGAUGCAAGACGUAAUGUUGAAUUUAAACAAUUUCAUCAAAAUCUUGUGUUAUUUUCUGGUCCAGAAGUAAAUCAACAUGUUGAAGUUUCUAAGGAGUUGUCAAAUGUUGAAACCCCAAAUGAAGAUGUUCAUGUUUCUGAGGAACUAAGAGAUGUUCAACUUGAUCAACUGUUAAUGACAUAA